AUGAAAAAACGCAAGCAAAGAAGCAAAGAAUCGCUGCUUGGGGAUAGCGGAUUCGGCGAUAUACCGAGAGGUCGACACGGUUCAACCGGAAUUGUCUCUUCCAGAGUGAUCAGAAGGCUCUAUAAAUCGUUGGAGCGACCAAUGGUAAGUGGAACGGGCCCAGCACCAAAUCAGGUCGACAUGGUCGCAUUCUGGCGCAGCCUGUGGUCAGAGCCCGUAAACCACAACGAGGGCCCUUGGACGGAAGUUGUGGCGAGUCAGUGUACGGGUAUUAAGCCCAUGGACCCCGUCAUCAUAACGCCGGAUGACGUAGCUGAGGUGGUUCGUAGGGCCCCGAACUGGAAAAGUCCGGAGCUUGACGGGCUUGCAUCACUACUGGCUGAAGGGGUUCAUGGUGUGUCACGCUGUGCUCGCCCGACAGUUUCAAGAGGCUCUCAACCAGAAGUCGCUCCCAAGCCUCUUCACUACUGGGAUCACUCAUUUGGUUCCUAA